CACCUCUCUUAUUUAACUAGCUAUUUAGAUCUCAGAUCCACCUUCAUCUCAAUGGUCAAAUCUUCAAGUUUUAAGCUUCAAUCAUCAUUACCCAUCUGCCCAACAAUCUACAAUCUCUCUAGCUUUCUGAGUUCUGAACUUUCCUCCAUCAGAAUUCAUUCCCCAACAAUCACAAUCUCUUUCUGAAGUACUUCCUUUAUCAGAAUGGAAACAGAAAAGUCUCUCAGGAGUAGAACCAAAAAGGAUACAGGUGGAUCAGAUCCAACCAGCUCAUCAGAUGAUGAAAAGGAACAGCUGAUUCCAAGUGCUUCAUCACCAUCAUCCUCUUCAUCGCAACGAGCAAUCUCUGCAACUCUUGCGAGUGCUGCAAACUUGGCAAACCUCCUCCCAACAGGCACUCUUAUGGCCUUCCAACUCCUUAUCCCAAUCUUCACCAACAAUGGCACCUGUGACUCUGUGACACGCCCUUUGACAAUGCUACUGUUAAUACUACUCUCUGUGUCUUGCUUCCUUGUAUGCUUUACAGACAGCAUCAGGUCAGAUGGGCAAGUUUAUCACGGCAUCGCCACCCCAAGGGGUAUGUGGCUUUUCGACUACUCACCAUCCACAAGUUCGAGUCUUCCUGAUCUCAGCAAGUAUAAGCUCAGGCCCCUAGACUUUGUCCAUGGGACCUUAACGGUCUUGGUAUUCAUCUCCGUCGCCUUAAGAGAUAGGAAUGUGACGAGUUGCUUCUACCCUCAGCCGAAACACGAGACACAAGAAGUUCUGGACAUAGUCCCUAUGGGAUUAGGGCUCAUGUGCAGCCUGCUGUUCAUGGUUUUCCCCACCAUACGGCAUGGUAUAGGGUACCCUGUUACUCCUGGGAAGUGACUGAAAGCUCAUCCCUGCAUGGAUCAAGAUAGGAUUUCUUGUUCCUUAUUUGUAUCUUUGUUUUUCUUGCUAAAUAAUACAGACAGUCAACAGAAUUAGAGUACAAUGCACCCUUCAUUGAACUG